UUCCUCUCUGCAGAAAUGAUACCAAACAUUUCCUCCUCCUUUAAACCGAGCAGCCCAGCGUUAGCAGCUGUUGUUUGAGGUGGAGGAGCGCGCAGAGACGGUCCAAAACCGAUGGAGUCCGAAAUAUUUAAGUUCAUCUGCGCCAAUCAAGGAGCAGUUGAUGCGGAUGAUUUAAAGUUCAAUCUUUUCCCUGGCGAUUCCACGAACCAGGCCAUCUGUAACCAGAGAAAGUUUGCCAUAUUUUUCUCCAAUGGACAGCAGAAAGUUUUGGCCAGGACCAAUCUGAAGCUGUGCAGAAUCAAAGGCUGUUUGGGAACAUGCAGAGCGCUACACCUGUGUAAAAACUUCCUCUACACAGGAUCCUGUCCGAGAAGAGUCUGCAGCUUCUCCCAUGAUUUGUACACUGAUCACAAUCAAAUGAUGCUGAGGGAGCAUGAACUGGAGAAUCUGGACAGGACGGAGCUGUGCACGCUGCUGCUGCAGAACGACGUGACACUCCUGCCUUCUGUAUGUCAUGAUUACAACAAUGGUGACGGAGAGUUUGGAAGGUGUCAGAGUGGUGUUGGUUGCGAGAGGCUCCAUAUCUGUGAGAACUACCUGAACCACGACUGCAGCUGCUGGAAGAACCAUGAUUUUUAUGCUGUCCAGAUAUUAAAAAACCUGCAUGAUAAAGGUGUCCCUGAGACCCUCAUUCGCUCGUUGAGGUCUGUUUGCGCAAAUAAAAGAGCGUUGAAGUUAGUUUGCAAUGGGCGCGGUAGAGGCCAAAGAGGCGGCCACUCCGCUGCUGCCAACAGUGCAAACGGUGAAUAUGGUCUGAAUUCGCAACAGACACAGUGGUACAGAGGGAGAGGAAGAGGAAGAGGGAGAGGGAGAGGUGGAAACGGGGGCUACAGAGGCAGCAGGGGCAACAGAGGAAAUGGAGGAAACAUGGGCGGUCCUGUCCAGCAGCCAGAAGACCUCUGCAUGGACAUUGAUGGCUUAGAUCUGUAUACCAGCGAUGGAUUGAGUCAGGACGACCAUCAACGCAUGUACUCUUCCAGCAGUGAUGUAUCUGUUUGCGCCAGUGAUGUUGCGAGCAAUGACGGUGAUCGAGACAAGCGACGGAGACGAAGUCGGAGUCGAACCCCAGCAGGUGUUCGAGGGAGAGGCGGCAACAGGGGCAACAAUCACCAGCUCGGGGGAGCCAGAUUCAUCGGCGACAUCGCUGCUGCUGUCAGAGAUAAAACAGAGAUUUGCAUGUUCUUCAUCAAAGGAUAUUGUAAACACGAGGAGCGAUGUAUUAAAGCUCAUGAUAAGAUGCCGUACAGAUGGAUGGUCCAGGAAGGCGAUAAGUGGACCAACUUGCCGAAAAAUGAGACGAUUGAGAAAGACUAUUGUGAUCCUAACAACGCAUACAGCAGCAGCCCUCCGGUGCAUUUUGACACGAUGACCCAGGGACAGAAUAAAGUACGACGACUCUCUACUAUAAACUCUUUGGUUAAGCCGGACUUCAUCCACACCACUGAAUGGCUUUGGUACUGGCAGGAUGAGUUUGGGAAGUGGAACCUGUAUGCUUCAGACAACGGUGGGCACAAACCGGCAGACAUCAACAGCACGAAGCUGGAGCAGAUGUUUCUGGACAAUGACAAAGAUGUGGUGGAGUUCAUCGCUGGCUUGCAGUCGUAUUCACUCAGUUUCCAGGACAUGAUCCAAACAAACAAGAAGUACGGGACUAAAAGGGUUGUGUGUCGACGUCCUCGCUUUGUCUCUGCUGCUGAUGUUAGAGAAGCAAAAGUGAGAAAGCCUCAACUAAAUUCCACUGUUCUGCCAGACAACUGGGACAAGACACAGAUUCCUCAAACAGGAUUCUCGAAAGUCUCAGUGAAACGGACUUCAGAUGAGUUCAAGGCAAUUGAAGCUCUCUUCCGUACAACCAUGAGAGGCUUUGACAUUAUCAGUCUUGAGAGGAUUCAGAACAAAGCUCUCUGGGAAGUCUUUCAGUGGCAGAAAAAUGUGAUGAAGAACAACAACGGUGGGUGCGAUGUGAUGGAAAAGCAACUUUUUCAUGGCACAAGGUCUAAAUUUGUGGACACCAUCUGCCUUAACAACUUCGACUGGAGGAUCUGUGGGGUUAAUGGAACGGCUUUUGGCAAAGGUAGUUACUUUGCCCGGGAUGCCAAAUACUCCCACAGUUACACAGAUGGCUCUGAUGUCAACACCAUGUUCAUCUCACGGGUGCUGGUUGGAAGCUACACCAAAGGGGACUCUGAAUACCGCCGGCCUCCUUCCAAGGAUGGAGGAGACAUAAACUUCUAUGACAGCUGCGUGAACGAUGACAUAAACCCUUCCAUAUUUGUUAUUUUUGAGAAGCACCAGAUCUAUCCUGAGUACCUGCUGCAGUACAGAACCACACACCCACUUGUUGACAUCGUCAGUGGUGCAUCAGCACCAACACAGACAACAAUAGUGGCACCUAAGCCAAUACUGAAACCAGCGCCGGCACCGAAACCAGCUCCGUCAGUGCAUCAAAGCAGUACAACCUCAGUCCAACCAAGCGUGACACCUUACAAGCACAGCUCAUCUUUGUACCAAACAAGCACAUCAUCGUACCUAUCCGGCACAUCAUCGUAUCGAGCCAGUACACCGUCAUUUCAACCAAGCACAUCAUCAUACCUAUCCAACACAUCAUCAUAUCGAACCAGUACAUCAGCGCAUCAACCGAGCACAUCAUCGUACCUAUCCAACACAUCAUCAUACCAACCCAGCACAGCCACAAGCUUGCAACAAAACUACUUAUCAUCCCAAACCACCCAAUCUUACUCAUCACCAAAGCCAAAAAAAUCUGAUUCCUGCGUCAUAUCUUAAUAACAAAGCAGGAAUAAAGGUUGGUGGUGUUAAUGUCUGAACAAACUUAAAAAUAUCACAAAAAAUUAAUGAUACCAUUAAUAAAAGCAGAUUUGUAGAAAAAUAAGUAAUUGUGUUGGCCAGUGAUAAGGGGUGGUAACUCCUCCAUCAGGAGGGAUUAAACCAUCUUGGGUGCAGUUUAUAGGAAUUACAAAA